AUGGACGGUCAACGGCCGCAGCAGUACAUCCCCGUACCCCCGCCUUCGUCGGCGACACAACCCUCCCAAUCGCACAUAAUACCUUUACCACCGCCACCGCCUCGUUAUCCUCCUACUCAGUCGCAGGGCGUUAUGCUUCCGCCGCCCCCGGGACCACCGCCCGGGACAGCAUAUGGCACCUCCAAGCUUACCAAUCCCCAACUGCAACAUCAGAAUACACUUGGGUGGCAGCAGCAGAGCUGGGCACGGCAGGCACUCUCACAAGGGUAUCUUCCACCUCCUCCGCCUCCCCCUAUGGUCCCUGCGAAUCAAUCUCCAUACGGGCGUCCUGCAGCUUUGUCGAUUCCCUCCGCUGAAACUCGGACGUCUGCGACUUACGUUCCUCAAGCUGGUACAUUUGGUCCGGGGGUCGGGAUUCCGCCCUUCGACGUACACUCGAACCCCACGUACGACGGUGCGGGGACAAUGCAGCCCAGCGACAGACAGCGGAACCCAUCCACCCAAGCCUACGAAUAUCCGGCCACCGACUCUUCUCCGUAUAAACGGGAUGCCAAUGUCCCUGCCACUCCUUCUACGACUCGCAAUCUACCUUCCUCUCUAGCUGUCAAUGAUGGUGCUCAUGAUAUGGCUUCAGUCAACUACUCUGCCACGAACAUGCAAAACUCACUACAACAGGCGUCUGCGCCAUCUUCGGAACUGACCACAUCGGGCAGUCAUCGCCAUAACCACAAUACAUUGCUUGGUGGCAUGUCGCCAAAUGAGGCAUCAGUCCAGUGGCCUCUCGAUCGUGUCCUCCAAUGGCUUGCGAAUAACGGAUUCUCCACGGACUGGCAGGAAACAUUCAGGUCUUUGGAAAUUCAGGGGGCCGACUUCCUCGAGCUAGGACAUGGGUCAAAUGGCCGGCCCAACCUGGGCAAGAUGCACCAGGUGGUCUAUCCUCAUCUUGCAAAAGUGUGCGAAGCAAGCGGCACUCCCUGGGAUCAGAUCCGUGAACGGGAAGAGGGCAAACGCAUGCGCCGCUUGAUCAAGAAGAUCCAUGAUGACGGCAGUUAUGAUACCGAAAUUUCUAUUCAGAAGCGGCGCGAUUCUCACCCGAUAAGCGCCCACGAUGGCGCGCCUGACGCUUCGCCGAAAUUGACUUACGAGCCCAGGUCCGCGGGCCCAACAGGGAAUCUCACAAACAGCCCUAAUCUCAAGGCCCCACAGCCCGCAUAUGGACAAAGACAGAGCGUUCAGAUGCGUUCUUUUACAACACCCAUACCCACCACCCAUGAUCAUGCGUCUUCCGAGCUUGCUCCGAGCGAAGCUAAUACAAUGUGGUCCCGAUCGGACUAUUCGCGAGCUGUUUUGUCUAGCAUUGGCGGCGAGCAUCACAGGCAGAGCCCUUCGAUGUCCAGCGAUGGCGGAACAUUUCUGAUACCUAUUAGAUCUUAUGAGGACAGUCCCAAGAGCGGCAGUCCAGCAGCGCAGCAUGCUACUCUUGCACACACAGGCCCCUCGUCAUCCACGGGAGAUCUAGGCGUCAAGUUCGAGCACUCACGCGGCAACAGUUCGGAUUCGACGACUGGUCGCCGGUAUUAUGAAUCCAUCAGGCAAGACGGCGGGAUCCGUCCUUCGCCCCAGGAGUCAAGCAACCGUCAUUCUGGUGGAGAAACCCCGUCUUCAUACCCCAAAGACCACCGUAAUGGGCUGCUGGGCUUCUUCAAGAAACGUUCCAAGGCAGGCGAUUCCAACCACCCGUCUCCAGAGGAGCCUUUUUUGGAGUCUCCCACCAGUCCAGUGAACAUGCGCCAGAACAGCUCGCAGCUGCCUUAUAAUAGGCCAAAUUUCAGCACCAGUGAGUUGUCGCUGGGCGGCGAGCGGCCGUCGUCUUCAUCCAUGUCGGACCAUGAACGAUUGGCGUUGCGAGGUAACAAGCCAAUGCAAAAGAGCAAAAAGUGGACUUUUGUGACUCUGGACGGAUGGAACUAUCGCUUGGUCGACAUAACCGAGAUGGACUCUGUGGAGACACUGCGUUCUGCCAUUUGUCAAAGCCUUGGAAUCGCUGAUUGGACUGGGGCGCAGAUCUUCAUGACAGAGCCCGGGCAGACUGAACACGAUGAGCCGUUGAAUGACACUAGCCUGGCUUUGUGUCGGCGGACCAAGUCAGACACGGUUGGCUCAUUGAAGCUGUUUGUACGAGGGCCCCAUAUGCAACUGGGUGUGAAUAGCUCCACUCACUACGGCUUGGGGCUUUCGAUCCCAGAGAAGGGCACAGCCUCACCCACGUCUGCUCACCAGUUGCAUAGAAAGCCGCUUGAUGAUGAAGCUCUCAGCAGGAUAUCUCCUCAUAACCCAGCCAAGCCCACGUCUCCUCAAGUGUCUUCACGGCAGCAGCUCAAAGCUCCCAGUUCCAAGCUACCGCCAGCCUCGCAACCAUCAAUCACAACGUCCCCAGUCGAUGGUGGCGCCGAAGCAGGACUGCCGACUGAUGCCGAGAAGGCAGACUUGUUAGCUCGUCACGAAGAACAUAUGCGUGAGGUCGAGCGGAAACAGAGGGCCUAUCGCAUCUCAAAGGUCCCCCCGAUGCCACAGCCGAGAAAAGAUGUCUAUGGCGAAACUGGUUACAGGCGUGAAGGUGUCAUUGAUUUUGAUCAACCUCGGACGUCUCCUUACGAAGACAAGAAGUCUGAGCCGCUCGUGCCCCUUCGCAAGCCUCCCACUGCGCCUCACGAGUCAAGUACACUGACUAAAGUCAACUCACUAAGGAAGAAGGAUGUUGAGCGGCCCCGCAUACAGACUACCGCACAACCACAUGGUACUCAUGGUCUCGGUGCGGUAUUGGCUAGUGUUGGUAGGAUGACCAGCGCCAUUGGAACCCCGUCUCCAUCAGUUCCCACGCCACCUGCUGCCAGUCAGGAGUUCAAAGGACCGCAAUCAUCGGAGCAAGAUAACCAAACAACGCCGACAGUGCAUUCGAGCCAGUCUCCGGCACAACCUGGUUCUGCGACUCCUCAGGAACCAAAACCGACUCUGCAGUCUCGCAAGUCAUUUGGACCCGAAUUUGACUUUGAGGAGACCAAGGUCUCAUUCCAAGGGUCACCGGUGCCACAGCAGCCCCAGGAAGACUCCGACGAGGACUCCGAUGAUGGUCUUUUUGCCAUUCCCAUCGCGAGUACCAAGACCCCGGUUAAAGAGAACCCGCCUGUGUCCGUCUCGCCCGAGUCGCAAAGGCGAGCCGGGAAACCGUCUCUCACACUGAACACUGAAAACAGGCUACGGAAAGGAUUAUCCGUUAGCUUCAGGUCCCCAAGUGCUACCCGCGAAACGUUCGCCAGUUCAAGCGGGGAAUCGGGCAACAGGAACCCGUCCUUCCUUGACAUGAGUGCUUCGCCGGAGGAAGAGAAGCCACCCCGCAGGGAUUCCUUUGCCCAAGGAGACCUGUGGGCAAGCAGACCUCCAGUCGAGGGCGUUAUUGAUCACCUCGAUGACUUCUUCCCGGACAUUGACCUCGAUACCCCUUACCUUGACGGGCAGGGCAUGUCACCCCCUUCAUCCCCGGCAUCUAAGGUUGCAACCGACAACGACAUAAUUCCCAAGGAUAAACCAGAAGCUGUAUCACACCCCACACCACAUACACCUGCGCCGCCAAGCGAAAAUACCCUUGGCUCCAGCGAGCCAACCAUCAAGCCUCAGGAUCCAGGAGUCGUUGCUCGGCGGAACGUCAGUCGCUCUGGCGGUGGACUCACACGCAUGAAAUCGAUUCGAGAAGUAGCAAAAGGUGCCAAUCAAGCUAGUAGGAAUCGGAGUGUGACGGCCAAUACCGGCAACCAAAGAUCCGGUGAUAUUUUGCGUCGCAAGAGCACGAAGAUGUUCGGCGCCAAGAUUAUGCAAAUCAGUCCGAAGCGUGGAAGCCGACUUAGCCAGCUGGACCCUAUUCCCCAGAACCAGGCGCCUGCGGGCAAUAUCCCUCAAAGACAGCCCACUUUCCGCAUCAUCCGUGGUCAGCUCAUCGGCAAGGGAACUUAUGGCCGCGUAUACCUUGGCAUGAACGCUGACAAUGGUGAGGUCUUGGCUGUGAAGCAAGUGGAGGUCAAUCCUCGGAUUGCCGGAACAGACAAGGACCGCAUCAAGGAGAUGGUCGCAGCGAUGGACCAGGAAAUUGAUACCAUGCAACAUCUCGAGCAUCCUAACAUUGUGCAGUACCUCGGUUGCGAGCGAGGCGAGUUCUCCAUCUCAAUCUACCUCGAAUAUAUUUCUGGUGGCUCUAUCGGCAGUUGUCUUCGCAAGCAUGGCAAGUUUGAGGAGAGCGUGGUCAAGUCUCUGACGCAUCAGACCCUGAGCGGGCUGGCCUAUCUUCACAACCAGGGAAUUCUCCAUCGCGACCUGAAAGCCGACAAUAUUCUCCUGGAUCUGGACGGAACAUGCAAGAUCUCCGACUUCGGAAUUUCCAAGAAGACAGACAACAUCUACGGAAACGAUUCGACCAACUCCAUGCAGGGCUCGGUCUUUUGGAUGGCGCCCGAGGUCAUCCAGUCCCAAGGACAAGGGUACAGCGCCAAGGUAGACAUUUGGUCUCUCGGAUGUGUGGUGUUGGAGAUGUUUGCUGGACGCCGGCCGUGGAGCAAGGAAGAAGCUAUCGGCGCAAUCUUCAAGCUGGGUAGUUUGAGUCAAGCCCCUCCGAUCCCUGAAGAUGUUUCCAUGAACAUCACACCAGCAGCGCUCGCCUUUAUGUACGACUGCUUCACAGUGGACUCGCGUGAUCGGCCAACUGCUGAGACUCUCCUAACCCAUCCCUUCUGCGAACCCGACCCGAAGUACAAUUUCUUGGAUACCGAGCUCUACGCCAAAAUCCGCCACGUCCUGUAA